UGGAAACGAAGCCUUCCGAGCAGCAUGUUACACUUUUAUGAUUCUUGCUUGAAGAUAUUAUGACAUUUCUCGUUAUUUUAUGGUAGGGAAAGGGUUAUAAAUCAUCGGCCAUUAAUUCUGAAUCUUUUGCAGUGUUUCUGGCACUUGUUUGAUGAUCUGCUGAUUUAAAACAGUGGAAAGAACGUACAUGUCCAAGAGACAAGCCACAUGUACAACGACAACAUAUGUACAGUUUCAGUUUCACAAGUCAGUGAGGGUUUACAUGUGAUUUUGACAGUUUGUUUUAAAUUAGUGCAUUAGAUCAUUGGUAGUAUUUUCUUGUCACCAGCGUAGUGAGUUUGUUUUCACCCGUAUGGCGGAAGACGCCGCAAAGGAAGUUGAGAACCUCAAGGUUGACGGAGAGGUGGCCGAUGUCGUCAACCCAUGGGAAGUGACCACGAGUUCAGCCACAGGGGUGGACUAUGACAAGCUGGUCGAACGUUUUGGAAGCUCCAAAAUAGAUGAUGAGCUGAUAGCACGGAUUGAAAAAGUGACGGGAAAGCCUGUACAUCACCUGGUAAGACGGGGCAUUUUCUUCUCUCACAGGGACAUGCACACAAUCUUGACCUUGUAUGAGCAGAAGAAGCCAUUUUACCUGUACACUGGCCGUGGACCUUCAUCAACCUCUCUUCACCUGGGACAUCUCAUUCCAUUUAUCUUCACAAAAUGGUUACAAGAGACGUUCAAUGUUCCACUAGUCAUACAACUGACUGACGACGAGAAAUUCCUGUGGAAAGAUCUGUCUAUAGAUGAGGCAUAUCGGCUUGCCAGAGAGAAUGCCAAAGAUAUUAUAGCCCUUGGUUUUGAUGUGAACAAAACCUUUAUCUUCAGUGACUUGGAAUACAUGGGGCAAAGCAGGGCAUUUUAUAGGACCGUAUGCAGAGUACAAAAGUGUGUGACAUUUAACCAAGUCAAAGGGAUAUUUGGUUUCGGUGAUAGUGAUUGUAUUGGCAAAAUCAGUUUCCCGGCCAUCCAGGCUGCCCCCAGCUUUAGCAGCUCUUUCCCAGAGAUCUUCAACAAAAAAGCAGACAUACCGUGUUUGAUUCCCUGUGCGAUUGAUCAGGACCCAUACUUCAGAAUGACACGAGAUGUGGCUCCUAGAAUUGGUGGGAAGAAACCAGCUUUGCUACACUCCAUGUUUUUCCCAGCUCUGCAGGGAGCGCAGACCAAGAUGAGUGCUAGUGACCCCAACUCUUCCAUCUUCCUCACAGAUACUAACAACCAGAUUAAAAAUAAGAUUAACAAAUAUGCAUUCUCUGGAGGUGGAGCCACAGUUGAGGAGCACAAGGAAAAGGGAGGCAACUGUGAUGUUGAUGUAUCGUAUCAGUAUCUGACCUUUUUUAUGGAGGAUGACGCAAAAUUAGCCGAAAUUAAAAAGACAUACACAAGUGGAGAGUUACUCACAGGAUAUCUCAAGAAAGAACUGAUAGGAAUCCUCCAGCCUCUUGUCGCCGCCCACCGAGAACGGCGGCAGAAAAUAACAGAGGAGGAAGUGACUCAGUUCAUGACGCCACGGAAAUUAAUAUAUGAUUAUUAGAUAUGUGCAUAGCGAGAAAAACUCUGCCUGUGUCUCUUUGUCUUUUGAGCUGUUUAUUUUGAAGUCGCAUUUGUCACAUUCAUUACCUGUUUAUGGGAUGGCAUUUGUCUUUAAUGAGGCUGUAACAGUUGACUUAAUAAAUAAACAGUAAAGAUCAUGUUUUAGGAGAUAAUUUUUAUGUAUUUCAAUAAUAUCCCAUUUUCAGAAUAUGAUUUCAGAAUACGACAUGAUCAUUUGAUUACAAAUUUUUGGUUUAUAAUUAUGCUUACCUGUAUGUGCAGGUUCAGGUACAAAAUUUGAAACUGUCUAUGGUGGGUUUUUAAACUUUAUUUAAAAAAAAAAAAAGCUUGAUAAAAGCAUUGUUGACCAUACUUGCAUUGUUCCCAAUGUUGUAAAUAUUUAGAUUAUAUGUAUCAAUGAUGGUGUAUGGCAGUGUUUUCUGUGCAUGUGGUAAGACUCCUGUUCAUGUAAUGCGAAAUCCCACUUUUCAAUGUGAAUUCAAGUUAAAAUGAUAGGACUGACACGUGUUCACUUGCCUUCCACCAUUAUGGCAUACAUAUUGAAUUUGCUUUGCGCAAUCUUUGUCACUAGUGGGAAAGUUUGUGAAUUACUUACCAACAACUGGUGGUUUACUCCUAGUUAUCCUCUUAUCUCACUCCAUAAAAGCCACCAUUGUAGAAGUGAAAUGCCUUUAGUACAGAAUUAAACAGUAAUCAGAUCAAUAAAUAAAUAAAUAAUGAUGAAAUUACUAUUGUUUUUUUUCUGUGUGUGUUUUCCCAAUUUAACCUUUGUGGCUUCCUGUCUCCAGCGCUUUAGCUCAAAUCAGUUUGGAGAUUGACCUGCUUUAAAGAGCUACUGUCAUAUCAUUUAAUAUACAUUUUUCAGAAUCAAUCUCAGAAUUGAUAUCGAAAUCUAGUAUACUUAUGGUUCAGAUGAUAGUGAAGAAACUUGUAUUUUGCAUAUACAUUUAGGAUAGGCAGUACCACAUUGGCUGAGGCACUGUAUCAGGCAAAGAGUGUUACUGCAUGUGAGUGUAAUUUUCCACAUAAUUACAGUGUGUGCCCUAAACAUUUGCACAAAAAUGCUUUUUAAAGGUAAAAAAGGUCAUAACAUUAUGUUCAGUGCAGGAAUACAUUUUUCCAAUAUUGCCUUGCUUUCCAAAGAAAUCUCUAUAAAACAUUUCUAAGAUCAAUAUUCUAGAACUUUCGGAAUCUGACAAAAUGACUAUGAUAGAUAGGUUUACUUUAGGGAUAGGUAAUCCCUAACAUUGCAGACUCUGCUUUCCUAACUAUUAUCUAGGCCUGUUUGGUAUACAGACUUUUGUAUUCUGUUGUAUACAUUGUGGCUGUGUCUCUUAAAGAGAACCUAACAUUAUACACAUGUGCAGCAGAAAAUAUUACCUGUAUUUAUUUAUAAAUAUAUUUUUUUGAAUGUAAAAUAUUGUGUGUGCCUACAAAAUAAAUCUCUCCAU